AUGAAGCCUUUGAACUAUGCCCGAUUGCGCCUUUAUGGUACAUUAGAAAUGGGAAAGGUCAAGUCACAGAAGUUGGGCCAGUUGCUCUCCAUCAUCUUCGCUACAGAUGAGGAGAAUAAGGGGGAGGAGCCGGUUCGUACGGCGGAAGCUGCUCUGGCUCAUCCUGAUCCGGUAAUCGUCCGUUUUCGAGUGUUUCGACGGUUUGAUGAUGGAACUGACUGGUCUCGUUCUGGGUCUCGUUGUUCAUCAGAAUCAUUGAAGGCCGAGGUGAAUCCGGCCGUUGCACACGCGGUCGAACACGAGAAGGUCGUGGAUAUGCUGGAUUUGGGGGUGCUGGCAUGCUGGCAUCAUCGUUUUGAGUGUUUUGCGUUGAACAAUCGUGCCGCUGUAUAUUCGGUGGUAAUGAUUCUAUCAUGA